AGAUCACCAACCCUUCAACCGAUUCCGGGGUCUCGCUUGCGCUUGGGGUUUUGGAGGGUUGCUGCCUGCUUCAUCCAGACAGCGCGGUUUUGGCUCAUCAGCACAAGGCCAUUCAGUUUUCUGUAAUUGGGUUUUUGUAGGUUUUGAUGAAUAUAUUACCGAAUCGCGGGGUGAUUGAGCAAGGAGCUUGUUUGGAUGCUUUGAUUGCUAUUAUGUUGGAUUCCUCAGCUAAUCAAAUGGAUUUUGAGGCUUUUCAUGGUAUUGAGGAAGUUGCAGAGCUCGUAAGGGACAAGCAAGUUGAUGAGAAUCUCUGGUGGUCACAUAAACCCAGCUGUGACAUUUGGUCUCUUCCUAGCAAGGAAGCUCUCCCUGACCAAAUCCGUGUUCUACAUCAUCAUGCAAAGCCUUGGCGCAAUGGCUGGUGCCGGGGUGGUGAAGGGGUUCCAAAAGAAGCAGUAUGAGUUGCUCGGCGGUAGAGCUAAUGUGGUGAACCAUGGCUAUACCAAGGGUGACGGCCUUGGCUUUGAGAUUGUUGGGACUUUUGUUCUUGUGUACACAGUUUUCUCUGCCACUGAUGCCAAGAGAAAUGCCAGAGACUCUCAUGUCCCUAUCUUGGCUCCACUCCCCAUUGGGUUUGCUGUAUUUUUGGUGCAUUUGGCAACCAUCCCCAUCACCGGAACUGGCAUCAACCCUGCUAGGAGUCUCGGGGCUGCCAUCAUCUACAACAAGGGCCACGCAUGGGAUGAUCAUUGGAUCUUCUGGGUCGGACCAUUCAUCGGAGCUGCACUUGCUGCACUCUACCAUCAGAUAGUCAUCAGAGCCAUCCCAUUCAAGACCAGGGAUUGACAUAGUAAUCCCUUUCGGGUCUUCCCGUCGGGGCCUUGUUCUGUCUAAAUGCUGCGAUUGUGUUUAUUUCGUUCGUUGUGUUUUAAUGUCGAGAGUGGAGUAUUUGAGGUGCUAAUGUGCAUAUAUGUUAUUUAUCCUGUUACAUUAGUGGAAAACUUUAUUUAAUUUAUUUAUACUUUGUUAUUAUGUUAA